AUCAUCAUCAUAAGCUCAGGGAGAUAUCCUCCAAUCGCCGAAACAAAAGGCCGAGAGGAUGAGCGGCCGUAGGCUGCCGCUACUGCUGGUCGUGUUGACGGCACUGAUGACGUUGACGACGGUGAAGGCCGAGUACAAUGUCGUGGACUACGGCGCGAGGCCCGACGGCGCGGCGGACUCGGCGGGGGCGUUCCAGGCCGCGUGGGGCGCAGCGUGCAACGACACGGGGAGCUCCGGGUCCCGGCCGGUGCUGCGCGUGCCGGCGGGCAGGUUCCUGCUCAGCCGGGUCUACUUCAAGGGCCCCUGCCGGAGCGCCGGCGUGGUCGUGGCCAUCGACCGCAACGGCACCGUCUUCGCACCGCCGACCGUGGACAGCAGGGCGUGGAUCAUGUUCCACCACGCCGACGGCCUGGCGCUCCGCGGUGGAACGUUGGACGGGCAGGGGCAGGAGUACUGGGCGUGCAAGAAGUCCGGCAGGUGCACCGGGCAGGGCCCCACGACGCUGGACAUUAGCCAGUCCAAGGGCGUGAGCGUGAAGCAGCUAACACUUCUCGACAGCAAGAACGUCCACAUGGCCAUCUUCGACUCCACCGGCGUGACGGUCCAGGGCGUCAGGAUGGUCGCGCCAGCCAAUAGCCCCAACACCGACGGCAUCCACGCCCAGCUCUCCCGCCACGUGACCAUCCUCAACACCACGUUCAGCACCGGCGACGACUGCGUCUCCCUGGGGCCAGGCACCUCCGACGUGCUCAUCAGGGACAUCAAGUGCGGCCCGGGCCACGGCAUCAGCAUCGGGAGCAUGGGAGGGCAGCCCGGCGAGGAGGGGGUGAGGAACGUGACGGUGGAGAGGGCGGUGCUGACGGGCACGACGAACGGCCUGCGGAUCAAGACGUGGGGGAUGCCCAACCCAGGCUCCGUCACGGGCGUCUCCUUCUCGCAGGUCACGAUGCACGGCGUGGCGAACCCCAUCCUCGUGGACCAGAACUACUGCCCCCGCAGCCGCAAAGUCGAUUGCCCGGGCAAGAGCUCGGGGGUGCAGAUCAGCGACGUGUCGUACGAGGACAUCGAGGGCACGUCGAGGACGCCCGUGGCCGUGAAGUUCGACUGCAGCGACACCAACCCCUGCAGCGGGAUCAGGCUCAAGAACAUCAGGCUGACGUACCGGCACAGGCGGCCGGCGCAGGCCAGGUGCCGGAACGCCGCCGGGUCCGUGUCCGGAGAGGUCACGCCGCCGAGCUGCUUCUGACGACCGAGCCGCCGGAGCGCCGGCCGGCCGUAGAAGCGUGCGCGUCUCCUCGAUUCAUUGGUUUCUGUAAAUAAUUCUCUUGCUUGAUUGGUUCGUGAACUACUACUAACACCUUGCACAGUCGCGGGAGUGUGCAGUGCUACCAAAUCCAAGGUUUUUUUGGAGGCGGGUAAUGCUACCAAAUCCAU